CCUUUUCCUUUUGAUCAUCUUUCUAAAUUCUAAUGCUAGUGGUUCUCUAAUCUCUCCCUACUUUUCACUCCUCCAUUCCCUCUCCCUCUCUCUCCCUGCAACUUGCCAUUUUCUUUAAACUUCUCCUCAACAUUUAGCUUCCUUCAUAAAUGUUAACUGCUAGAUAACACACAGUAAAAGUAUUUGGUUUUAUCAUGAGGAGAGAUGGACAAAGAAACUAACCAAGAACCCACUCCAUCUCUCCUCCUCCCCAACAACAAAGAAGACUCCCCCAAAAAGCCCUUCACUCCCAGCAACGACAGACUGAAACGCGAUGAAUGGAGCGAAGGCGCGGUGUCAACUCUACUUGAAGCUUAUGAAAACAAAUGGGUGCUCAGAAAUCGGGCCAAACUCAAGGGACAUGACUGGGAAGAGGUCGCGAGACACGUUUCGUUGCGAGCGAAUAACACAAAGUCUCCCAAAACUCAAACGCAGUGCAAGAACAAGAUUGAGUCAAUGAAGAAAAGGUACAGAUCAGAGUCUGCUAAUGCGGAUGGAUCAUCUUGGCUUUUGUAUCCACGCCUCGAUCUUUUACUACGUGGAAGUGCUCAGCCGCAGCCACAGCCGCAGCCUCAGCCGCUGCAGCAGCAGCAGACUCAACCGGUUAACCCUCCUUUGAUGUUGCUUGAGCCGUCGCCGCAGCUAGUGCCGCCUCCUGCCGCGGCUCCUCCACAAGGGGUUCCAGCGGCUACUGGAACUACUCAAAACUCACAUGGGUCCAUUGGAGUUGAUAGGAUUGGCAAGGAAGAUGGGGUGGAAACUAAAAUAUCAGACCAUUUAUCAGACAAGAAAGCCAUGGAAACAGACAGUAGCACACCAGCUCUAUACAGUCACGACAAGGAGAAGUUAACGGCCAAGAAAUUGAAGAUGAAAAUGGAGAAAAAGAAGAGGCGAAAACGGGAAGAAUGGGAAAUAGCUGAAAGCAUCCGGUGGCUAGCAGAAGUAGUGGUGAGAUCAGAACAAGCAAGAAUGGAGACAAUGAGAGAGAUUGAGAAAAUGAGAGUUGAAGCUGAAGCUAAAAGAGGAGAAAUGGACCUCAAAAGAACUGAGAUCAUUGCCAAUACUCAACUUGAGAUUGCAAAACUCUUUGCUUCAACUAAUGGGAAAGGUGUUGAUUCUUCCUUAAGGAUUGGAAGAAAUUAAUCAUAAUUUAGUAGUAGCUAAUUACAAAAAAUUUCUACGGUAGCGGGAGGUGUGAAUAUCAUUGCAUAUCAUAUCGAUCUUUUGUAAAACCACUGAAUAAGAACGAUAAUUUUUGGAUGAGGAUAAAGGGUAUUAAUCGCUCGUCUGAUCGAUGAUCUUGAUUAACUUUUUUUCUGUAUGAUAAUUUCCUCCUGUAGAAUGAUCCGCUAAUUAUAUAAAUGUAAUGGAAUGGAAUUAACGUUACUUAGAGUUGUGUAUUCA